UUUAGCCGUAUCUAUUUAGCAAACCCUUAAAAAGUCCCCAAAUUUCGUACGUUUCACUUUUUUUUGACUUUCUCCAUAGUCAAGACCUAAAUUCGGUGCUCAAUCUUGAUCUUAUCGCUCUGUUUUUCUUCGUCUUCAUCCUGUGUUCUGUUUUAGAAGAACUCGUCCCAACAACAAUAUGGAGGACAACAGACUAAUCGAAAAAGAAGAACACCACCAAGAUUUCGAAGAAGAUAAAGUAAAGGAAUCGUUGAAUAGAGGCGAAAUUGACGGUUUAUUUUGCCCUAUUUGCUUUCAAGCUUGGACUAGCGGUGGAGAGUAUCAAAUCUGUCCAAAUUCUAGGAAGUGCCCUCAAUGCAAGAAGUUGUGCAAAUUGAAAGACGUUAGGGUUCUUCAUGCUGCUAGGCUUUGUGUCGCUGAUGAAGAGUUACAGAAGAGAGUGAUCACACUUGAAGCUGAAUGUGAUUAUUUAAAGCAAAGCCAAAAGAAUGUAUAUGAAUGCGUGCUUGAGGAGAUGCGCAAUGAAAUGGAUGAAAAAUCUAUGGAACUCAAGGGAAAAUUUCGAGAAAUGUGUGAUGAAAUGGAUGCAAGACAUAAAUUAAAUGAAGCAAGAUGUGAAGCACUUGAGAAGAUGUUUCCAGAAAUGCCAAAUAUGAGAGGAAGUUGAGAAAUUUGAUACGUUUGUAUUUUGAAAAUUGAAAUUGAAUGGAUAAAGAUGCUUCCUUUAAGUAAUUCCCUUCCUAUUUAUAUCACUUUCUUCU